AUGGACACCAGCGCAGUGUCGCCUCCCGACCCAACGGCCUUGAAUAUGGAGACAUGCAGCCAUGAUAACCUGAACCAGGAUCUGGCUUUCGGCUGCACCCCCGCAGGCUCUGGUCCCGCUGUGGACACGCCCUCAUGGGAUGGCGCCAGCCACUCGGCGCAAGCCAAAUUGUUGAACGCCUACAGAAAGGCAACCUCUGACAUAGGCGCCAAGCCGAGCAAAUGCGUUGAAUCCCUUCUGGUUGGCAUCCCCCGCGCGUCGAUGGGCCAGGGAGUCCAUUUCGGCCCCCCGGGAGGCUCAGACGGCGCGGCCAUCAGCGGCGAUCAGGCGACGGCGCUCGUGACGACCCUCCUGCUCGGCGCGCACGGCCGGAGGGGACGGCAUCCCAAGCAGUUGGUCGAACCCCUGACGUCCCUAGAUAUCUCCGACACCGGGGCGGACAACGGCACGGUGAGGGCGCUGUGCCUGGGAUGCUGGGCCCUCAGCGGCCGGUGCGCGCUCAGGGACCUGUGCUUCAGCAACUGCAAGCUCGAGGGCGGAAGCGACGACAGAAAUGACUGCAUGUGGAGGAUUGCGACCUGCCGGCCGCUCUGCCGCACCCUGGAGAGAGUCUUCUUGACGGGAAAUACGCAGCUCAACUGCUCCAGCAAAUUUGUGUGGAGCCGAUUACUAGGCCGUGCUCGUCUUUCCAUGAUGUGCCUGCAGGACACUGGUAUGAGCAACUGCGCGAUCCAUGGCAUGUGUCAAGCCCUGGCGAGCUCAACAGAAGCCCACAAUUCUCUGCGCUGUUUACGCCUUGGGCCUGCUGCUGACGCCAACAAUGGCCACAUUGACAAUGCUGCCUUUAGCAACAUUCUCCACUGCAUUGGGCAAUUAGCACAGCUCCAGGUGUUGGACGUCAAGGGACUCACAGCAGAACAGGAGGAGGCGCUUUUGGCGGAGUGGAAACUGCUGAAGCCAACUGACGUCUUCGUCGAUCGGCCGCAGCCAGGAGAGUUCCGAAUCUCAACAAGCAAGAGGUGUCACUGUGAAGUGGAGGACAUACCAGCCACGGUUCUUGCAUAUGGCGAUGUGCAGACUGCAUAUCUGGGCUACAAAGAAAAGCAGCCCACGAUUCCCAGGAUUGCUGGAGCCGUCAAGGGCAAGGAUCGAAGCCCCUCACCACUGCAACCAGGGACCCCGAGUGAGGACAAGAAAAGGACCCCGUUUCGCGACAUCCAGCCUUGCACUGCUGCAGUUGCUGUCCGGAGCGAUCGGAAUGGCUCGAAUGCCAAUCCAGUUGACGACUUACGCCACUGGGACGUCCAGCCUUCUAAAUCCAAGGGACAGGAUGGGACAGCGGAAGCUGCCACAGAAAAGAAAGCUCCGCAGGAAUACCAGCUGUCCGACGGCGAGUUGGCGGCCAGGAAGGCGGCGAGGAGGGCAGCUAAGAAAGCACGCCGCCGCGAGAGAAAGCGACAGCAGCGGGAGAGCUUGAUCGUUGUGCUGCCUGCACUGAAACGGAGCCAUGCCCCAAAUACCCCAGCCAAGACGGAGCCAGCUGCGGCAGCACAAAUUCAGGAGGGCGUUGCGGGCGAGGGACGGCAGGAUUGUCUGCUGCAACCGUUUGGGCUGGAGCAGAAGAGGCAAGACGCUGCGCCCUCGCCAGCCAGGGGCAAGGGAGGCGUUGCAAACAAGAGACCGCGCCAGCGUCUCCAGCGGGGACCGCGGCCUGGAGACAAAAGGAAGGGAACUCGAGGGGUGUGCAUCAGGACGAAGGCUAAGGCGCCAAAGCCUCGUGUCCUGGAUGAGAAGCUGUUUGGCCCACCGCCUGGCGGGCGGGUGUUUGUGGCCAAGAGGGGUUCAGGACGCUCGAUUGGCGCCUCCGACCUGCAGGGGUACGUGUCAGACAACUUCGUGCGCCCAGACGACGAGCUGGUGUACACAACCAGCGCGGACGACUUGGAUGUCUGCAAAGAUUGGGAUCACCUGGGGAGAGAGGGCCUGCUGGACAGCGACUGCACGUCGUCUGAUGGGGACACACUGCUGGUGACCCGGCGUGGCCGCCGACGGCUGGGAGAGAAAAAGCGACGGGCGUCUGAUGGCAGGUUCGACGCGAAAUCGUGCCCCUUGCCGCCGAUGAAGCGCAAGGGCCUGAGAUGA